AUGCCACAGUUGCAAUUUACUCCCUGGAAGGAGCGCUCCCAGCUCGUCGCUGUGCGAGACCAGUUCUAUCCACCCCUAGACUACAAUGGCCCAGACAUGCGUCCACAGGCCUCUGCGCUCGUAUGGGUGUGGAAAAUUCGAGGGAAUCUACCGCAUGCCGUCGAGGCCACGGCGCUAUUGACAGAUGCCAUCCUGCACGACGACGCGAGCAAAAACUCCAUCUUUUCAAUUCGCGCGACGUAUUCGUCGGCGUUUUGCAGGUUCGUGACGGGCUUGGUGGAUUCAAAACUUCAUGGGAGAAAGCAGACCAUGUAUCAAAAAGCCAUGACUUUGGGGGUCCCGGCGUCGUUUGUUGAAUUGCGCCAUGAAGCCACGCACCGUGAGCUUCCAUCGCUAGCGGUUUUGCGGGAUGCCGCUCGGAGGUCGCUCGAUUGGCUGUGGGAGUUUUACUGGGCGAAGAUUGACUAUGGUGGCUCUGCGCCGCUUGGAAGCUCUGAAACGACCGAGCGAGCGCUAAGUGAUAUAAUAUCCGCCACCUUGCAGUCCCUAUUGGCGAAACGGAGUGGUCAAGACGGUGGUGGCAAGGAUCAAAGUUCGAGGUUGAGCGUACGGGAACUUGCGAUGAUUUGUGAGCGCGAGAGCGACGGAAGCGGACUCGUUGCACGAGGAUUGUUACAGUCGGGAGUGUUGAUACCACAAGACCGGAGUUUCGGUGAUUCAAUGGACCGCGCUUUUUCAACAUGGGAUGAACAUAUCAAGCAAAUAUGCAGGCACCACACCCCUUUCUUGACGCAAUUCGUGGAAAACAUGGUCGAUGUUUUAAUACAUUCUCCCUCAUCGGACGCGGACAAUCAGCCCUACCAAGAAGGAGUCUACGCUUGGCUGCAGCACAUUCUGCAGUCGAGUUCCUGGGCGCUGCUCCGUCGGGAGCUUUUGGUCCUAUCAUAUGCUCAAGCGGAUUGUCGAGAUGGAGACGGCCACUGGAGACGUCAGUUAAACAGCUUGAUGGAGAGUUAUCAGGAUGGGUUAGAGGCUACGUUGGAAAUGAAGGGAAUGGCUCCAAGAGCUGCCGAAAUCGAAUCAGAACUUGCAUCGGAUAUCGAGGGCCUUCAAGACUAUGGCUGGAGUAUGGAACGGAGACGGACCUUCAAACCGAUUGGUCUGGUCUAA